AUGACAAGCGAUGAGGCAGCGGUUAUGGACCCUCAGCAGAGAUUGCUCUUGGAGGUGACAUAUGAAGGUCUUGAGAAUGCUGGCAUUCCUCUGGCCAAAAUUAUGGGCACAAAGACAUCCUGUUUCGUAGGGUCCUUCUCAGCAGAUUAUACAGAUCUCCUACUUCGGGAUCCUGAGUGUGUGCCCAUGUAUCAGUGCACAAACGCCGGACAAUCACGUGCAAUGACAGCAAACAGGCUGUCUUAUUUUUUCGAUUUGAAAGGACCCAGUGUCACGGUAGAUACAGCUUGUUCAGGAAGCCUUGUUGCACUUCAUUUGGCAUGCCAAAGUCUCUGGACAGGGGACUCGUCGGCAGCGAUUGCAGCGGGGGUCAAUUUGAUUUUGAGUCAUGAGUUUAUGUCAACCAUGACCAUGAUGAAGUUUCUUUCCUCAGAUGGAAGAUGCCAUACCUUUGAUGAAAAGGCUAAUGGGUACGCGCGAGGCGAGGCAGCUGGCUGUCUCAUCCUUAAACCCUUAGCCAAGGCGUUACACGACCAGGACAAGAUCAGGGCCAUAAUAAGAGGCACCGGUUCCAAUCAAGACGGGCGCACUGCAGGGAUAACACUGCCAAAUGGGGCAGCCCAAGAAAGCCUGAUUCGGAGCGUCUAUGCACGGGCUGGUCUGGAUCCCUCGGAAACAGAUUUUGUGGAGGCUCACGGGACAGGUACCCAAGCGGGAGACCCAGUUGAGACAGGGGCAAUCGCUCGUGUCUUUGGAUCUGGUCGUCCGCCUAAAAAUCCUGUGCGGAUUGGCUCCAUCAAAACCAACGUCGGCCACUUGGAAGGGGCAAGCGGAAUAGCAGGUGUGAUCAAGGCAGUGUUGAUGUUGGAAAAUCGCAUGUUCUUGCCAAAUAGGAAUUUUGAAAAGAUUAACUCGCGCAUCCCACUUGACGACUGGAAACUCAAGGUCCAAUUGCAGCCUGAGACUUGGGAUACCACAGGGCCUCGUCGUGUUUCUGUGAAUAGCUUCGGAUACGGCGGAAGCAAUGCCCAUGUCAUUGUCGAAGAUGUUCAGGGAUACCUCUCUAGCUGGGGACUUGAGAGAGACGACAGAGCUCUGUUGACCACAGCCAAAUGCCAUGAUGAGUUAGUCUCUAGUUCACUGCUUGGUUUGCCCCGCCUAUUUAUGCUCUCUGGUUUCGAUGAAAGGACCUGUGUACAACAAAUACAGGUUCUAAGCAAGCACAUCGUCGAUAGUGCAGAUGCAGUUGACCAUGAGAAAUUCCUGGAUGAUCUUGCAUACACAGUCAACGAGCGUCGGUCUGUCUUUCCAUGGAAGGCAGCCGUUGCCCGAGAUACCCUGGCAGGGCUGGCCACCUCGCUCACUCAGAAUCUCAAAGCUAGGAGCGCUGUUCGUAAACCAACCCUUGGGUUUGUCUUUACUGGGCAAGGCGCACAGUGGGCCGGGAUGGGAAAGGAGCUGCUUCAGGCCUAUCCUGUCUUCAGAACAUCAAUUUUGGGCAUCGACAGAUUUCUGAAUGAUAUUGGAGCUCCUUUUACGGUGGAAGAGGAGAUCACAGACUGCCCCGAGGAAUCCGAUUUGAAUCACCCAAGUCUCAGCCAGACAGUGUGCACCGCGUUACAGAUUGCGUUAGUCGACUUGCUAAAAUCGUGGGGUAUUCAUACAGACUCUGUAACGGGUCAUUCUAGCGGGGAAAUUGCGGCUGCAUAUGCUACUGGCGCACUCAGUAUGAAUGAUGCAAUGUCAGUGGCAUACUACCGAGGUGUUGUGGCAAGUCAGCUUCUGCAUGACCAACCAAACAGAGGUGCCAUGAUGGCAGUUGGAAUGUCUGCCGAAGAGGUUCAGCCCUACCUAUACGAAUUCCAGUCCAGACAGCUAGUGGUAGCGUGUGUCAACAGUCCAUCGAGUGUGACUAUAUCAGGCGAUAUACUUGCGAUUGAUGCACUCGCCCGAACAUUGAAAGAAAACCAAGUCUUCAGUCGACGCCUUGAAGUGGGCGUCGCUUACCACUCUCCUCAUAUCGAACAGGUCGCCGAGAAGUAUCACAGCUUUAUAGAACAUAUUCAGCCCCGAGGACUGGACCAAGUAACAGGUGACAUGAAAGAAAGGUCGGUAUCAUUUUUUUCCUCGGUCACUGGAACGAGCGUUCCUUUGGAAGAAUUGAAUGCUCAGUACUGGGUGUCAAAUUUGGUCGGGCAAGUGAAAUUUGCCAAGUCCCUAAGGACUUUGUGUUUUGAGACAAAUGCCCAGCGUGCUGGGAAUACAGGGGUUCCCAGAAUAAGAAGGGCAGGAGCAUCCCAAAAGCCUUCUGUGGAUUGUCUCAUCGAGAUUGGUCCCCAUGCGGCACUUUCUGGGCCGAUCAAGCAAGUUCUACAGGCCGAUGCAAAACUCAAUGCUGCCGAUAUAACCUAUAUUAGCAUUCUGACGCGUAAGGCCAACGCAGUCACCACAGCUCUUGGCGCAGUCGCCACACUAGCAUCACUCAACUACCCUAUUGUUUUUAGUGCAAUCAACCGCCCUAUGGGGACCAAGGAAGGUAGCAAGCCGCAGCUACUAGGUAAUCUUCCAACGUAUGCCUGGAAUCACACUAGGUCAUAUUGGGCAGAGCCACGACUGAGCAAGAUGUAUCGGAACCGAAGGACGCCGCGGAUGGAUUUACUUGGUGCGCCAGACAACUCGGCAUGUCCAUUCGAACCUCGCUGGAGAAAUUAUCUUCGAGUCUCAGAGCUCCCUUGGCUUCUCGAUCACAAGAUCCAAGGGAACAUUGUUUUCCCUGCCGCAGGGUAUCUGGCCAUGGCUAUCGAGGCAUCAAUACAGUUGAACAAAGAUGAAGAAAGUAUUUCUAGAUACAUCCUGCGAGAUGUGGCAAUACAAUCGGCUCUGGUACUCAAUGAAACUUCUCCUGUCGAGAUCAUGGUAUCUCUUCAGAAGUCGACACAAGACCAAGAAAAUUUGUACGAUUUCCAUAUAUAUUCCAUCUCAGAGGAGAAUAGAUGGAUUGAGCAUUGCACUGGCUUUAUCGGGACACAGAAAAGCAUUGGCGUUUCAGGCGAUGGAGUCGAGGAAACUGAUGGUUAUGCAACGGUUCCAUUGGGGACUGAAGUUCAUGGAAUAUCAGUGAUUGACGUCCGUGACUUUUAUGAGAAGCUUCAAAAUUCCGGUUUAGAAUACGGGCCAUCCUUUGCGAAUAUCACCAAAGCACGUGUUACCCAAGAUGGGGCGUGCUUUGCAGAAGUCACUGUACCAGAUACAGUAUCCGUGAUGCCUGCAUCAUUCCAGCAUGCGCUUUUGGUUCAUCCGUGCACCCUGGAUAGUAUGUUUCACACAAUUUUCGCGGCAUUACCCUCAGGUAUGGGGAUUGAGGAAGGACCUGCAGUCCCUGUCUCCAUUGAAGAAAUGAUUGUAUCGUCCAGUCUCAGUUGUUCGGCAGGAGAGCUCAUGAGCAUCUGUACUCAUGUGCGCCCAAUGCCAAACAAGCACGUAACGGCAUGCAUAGUCGCGGUGAGUUGUAACGAGAGACAAUUCGAAACCGAGCCGACUAUUUCACUUCGUGGCCUACGGUGUGCGCGGCUGGCGCGCAAUGAACCGGCAUCACAGAAAAAUGAGAGUCGCUUGAUUUAUCAGAUUGACUGGAAACCCGAUCCAAGCUUUCUUUCCCGCAAUAAUGCGUCAUUUCUAUUUGCCAACGAGUGUGCUGUCCAAGAGCCCGCACUUCAAACAGAGUACGAAGAGAGUGCAGCCGGCUUCAUCAGAGCUGCGCUAGAGGAAGUCAGCACAACAGAGGCAAUGGGACUCGAUUCUUCUCACCGCAGAUUCCGCUGUUACCUGGAAGAUGUCCUCGAAAGACAUGAUGAUAAACCCUCAAUAUGCUUGGAAAAUAUCCAUUCCAUCCCGAUGGGAAAGCUCCUGCCGGCCAUUGGCCAGAACCUUGUGGCUAUUAUUCGAGACCAAGUUGAUUUUUCUACGGUCAUUGAAGAUGAUCGCCUCAUGGAUGAGUUCUGGGAUAUAUUCUCAGCGGACGACUCGUACCAAGCAGCUGCAAAAUAUGUCAGUUUGAUUGGCCACGGUAAACCAGAUAUCUCAAUCUUUGAAUUUGGCGUUGGCACAGGCCAGAUAGCAAAAAUAUUCCUGAACAAUCUUGUGACACGUAACAAGACACCUCAUUGUGGAAAAUAUACAUUUGCCCACGAAAGUGCUUCUGUGCUUGAACAUGCCUCAAAGCGGCUGGAGGCGUGGUCAGAAUGGGUUGAAUGCAAGCCCAUGGAUCUUGGCAAAGAAUUCCCCAAACAAGGGUUUGAAAAAAAUUCCUUUGACAUUAUAAUACUGCCUCAUGGAUUGUGUACUGCACGCUGUGAACAAAGUGCACUUAGCAAACUCCAUGAUCUUUUGAGGCCAUCAGGCUAUUUGAUUGCAGUCAACCCCUUCGACCCAAAGAAGAAUGUGAUGAAAAAUCUCUUGUUCAGUGCAUUGCACUGCUUGUCUGCAGACGAGUUCUGUCUAGGCCAGGGUGCUUGGACGGAGAGCCAAUGGGACGAGAUAUUGCAAGAUGCGCAUUUCACUGAGGUUGAUGCAUUUGCAAAGGAAGACUCUGACAAGAGCCAUCAGUUCAUCGUGGCCAAGAAGCGAAAAUGCCACAAGUCCUCUAGAAAGGUUUCCAUCAUUUGCGAGGAAAAAGCCGAGACUGUCAGACAACUAGUCACUAAUCUCGAGAAGGCCUCAUGUGAGGUGAAUGUCACACACGUCGAUAAUGCGGAUUUCAAGGAUCAUACUUGUUUAGUCCUUGACACCUCAAACUCUUCCCUGUUGGCCACUACCAAUGAAGUUACAUUCAGCAAGAUAAAAGCAAUGUUUACACAUAGUGGGGGAGUACUCUGGAUCACAAAAGGAGGGUCAAUUGAGCCCGUCAACCCAAACGUGGCCUUGGCUGUUGGAUUUGCAAGGACAGCACGUGCCGAAUCGGGUGUCAACCCGAUCGUCACCCUUGAUCUGGAUGCUCAAAAUCCUCUCUCGGAAUUGCAAGCCGCCGAGAUGAUUGCAAAUGUUCUGGUUGCCCGAUUUCUUCGUGAAAACCCAGACAAAGACACGGAAUAUGCGGAGAGAAAUGGACAGAUCCUGAUUCCACGAGUACUAGAGAAUUUGAAGGCAAACAUCACCAUGAACAGCAUUCAUGAUAUUGAGGCUGUAUCCGAGCAGCGCUUCCAUCAACGUCAGCAGCCCCUCCGGCUUUCCAGGAAACUUAACAAUACGGGUUUUGUCGGUGAUUCGCAGAUGGCAGAACUCCCUGUUGGCUACGUCAAAAUUCAAGUACACUCAUUUGGCUUGUAUAAAUGGGAUAUUGAGCCAGAUCAUCUUGAUUGGGAAACAGACGACACUCUCGGGCUGGAGUGUAGUGGCAUUGUAUCCAAGGUCGGUGCUGGGGCCCACGGCAUCACUGUGGGCGACAGGGUUGCAUGUCUCGGAGCUGGCACCGCGAGAAGCUUUUAUCGCGAUCUCGCAUCAGCUUUCCAGAGGAUCGAUGACAAAAUGUCAUUCCAGGUAGCUUCGGCUUUGCCUCUGGCAUAUACUAUUGCCUAUUAUGUUGUGAACUAUCUGUCACUGGUUGAGUCUGAUGAUGCCGUUCUCAUCCACGAUGCCGCAAGUCAUUUCGGCCAAGCACUUCUGGAAGUGUACUUGUUGAGAGACGCUCGGAUAUUUGCGACAGUGCAGAGCCCCGACGAAAAGGACUUUCUGCGCUCGAGGUUCGGGAUACCCGAGGAGCAUGUUUUCAUAAGUGGGAAGAAUGAUGUAGUCAAGAGUGUGUUACGCUUGACCAAUGGCAAGAAAGCAAACGUAGUAGUCACAUUCGAAACCCCAGAGGACAAAAUCCUACAGACUUGCACUGCGUCAUUUGGUCGAUUUAUUCAACUUCGGACAAACAACCUGAAGACCCGACAGUUAUCAUGCCCGCAGAACAUGUCCCUGUCCACUGUCAAUAUAUUUGAGUUGCAAAAGGAGAGGGCAGACCUUGCCAACCAGAUAUGGCCGAAGGUCUUUAGCUUGUUCCGCAACGGACGACUCAAAGGUCCUGGAUUUACCGAUGCAUAUCAUGUUUCACAUAUUCAAGAGGCAAUAACAGCGACUAAAAGCCGACAACAUGUCGUGGUUCACGCAGAAGAGAAUGAUCUUGUGAAGGCCACGCUCCCUAAGUCCACACAGUCAUUGUUCGGUGCAAAUGCGUCAUACAUACUAGUUGGUGGGCUUGGUGGAAUUGGGAGGGAGGUCGCUUUUUGGAUGGCGCAAAACGGAGCUAAGAGCCUUAUUUUCGUCAACCGAAGCGGCCUUUCAAAGUAUCAGUCGCAGGUGACAGUGAAGAGUCUGGUGGAAAAAGGUAUCCAAGUGACUACCCGAGCUUGUGACAUCUCCGACGAGACUGAAGUCCAACGAAUGCUUCAUAAUCUCUCUUAUUGUGCGCCUCCAAUACGGGGGCUGAUCCAGGCGGCCAUGGUUCUCAAGGAUGUCCAUAUUGAAAAUAUGAGGUUGGAUGAGUAUCGGGAUGUUAUGGGACCGAAGUAUUAUGGCACCUGGAAUUUGCACCGACAUCUCCCCACGAAUCUUGACUUCUUCCUGAUGUUAUCGUCUAUCAGCGGUGUUGUUGGGAAUGCUACACAGGCUGCCUAUGCUGCUGGCUGCACUUUCAUGGAUGCGUUCGCUGCAUAUCGAAGAAGCUUGGGUCUUCCAGCAGUAUCUUUGGAUCUCGGGACAAUCACAGACGUUGGUUAUUUAGCCGAAAACAGUGAUCUAGCGGCUAAAAUGGAACGACAAGGAUUCCAGGGCACCGAUACACCAACUCUUUUAUCCAUCAUACAAGUCGCAAUCUCUCAGCCGACGAGCGGUGAAGCACAACUUGUAACUGGUCUCGGCCAAUGGAAAGAAAUGGAAUCACUUGGGAAUUUUGACGCGCCCUUGUUUGCCCAUUUCAGGUACAAGUUCCAGGCUCGUGGCAAAUCUGCCGGUCUCGGUGACACGAUGGAAGGAUUGAAGGCUGAACUUGGUGCUGCACAAACGGUGGAUCAAGCUACGGUUGUAAUCUGCGACGCUAUCAGCAGAAAGAUUGCCUCACACCUCUCUAUCCCCGUUGAAAAUAUCAAUCCUUCUAAUCCAGUCUCCGAGUAUGGAGUUGACUCCUAUGUGGCCGUGGAGCUGCGCAACUGGAUAUCAAGAUCUAUGGAUUGCACUAUCCCUAUUUUGGAAAUUCUAGCAAAGUCUAUAUUGGGGUUGUCUCAUAAAAUUGCCAGCCAAAGACUGGAGAACAAGUCUGAGUGA